GUCGAACCGGGUCAUGACCACUCUCGCGUUCCGCCUUUGUUCUUCUGCCACUACGGCUACUGCUGGUGAUUGAUCGGAACCCUAGUUGGACAUCUUCUUCGAUGCCCUCGGUUUCUCUCAACACCAAAUCUUGCGCUUGAAGUCGUCUUAGCAAUGGCAUCGUCCACGUCCUCGCUUUCUGCCGCAGGGAUCCUAUGUAAUCCUCACUACAGCACGGGCGACUCCCAUUUUGUUUGUAAUUGUCAAAGUGAAGCAAUUUUGGAUGAUUGCACUUCCGUGAACUUAGCUCAGUGUAAGAGAAGAAGAAUAUCAUGCAGUAGGGAUGUUGAAUCCCUGUUGCCUUCUCUGAGCUCUUCAGACUAUUUUACUAAACCCUCAAUUGAUGAGUUGGCAGCACAUGAGAUUGUUGAUUCAGGUUACUGCAGUAGAGUUCCAGACUUUACAGUUGGAAGAGUGGGUUAUGGGCACAUCAAAUUCUUAGGAAACACUGAUGUUAGAUGGUUGAAUUUGGACCAGAUUGUCAAAUUUGACAGGCAUUGUGUAGUGGUAUAUGGUAAUGAGGCCGACAAGCCUCCGGUGGGUCAAGGUCUUAACAAAGCCGCUGAAGUCACUUUGAUACUUAAACUAAUACCAUUGGGCUCACAGUAUCUCAAAUCUGAUAGAUGCAGUGACAUAUUGAAGAGAAGUUGUGAGAAGCAAGGAGCUUGCUUUCUUUCAUUUGACUUGUCAAGGGGUGAAUGGGCUUUCCUAGUUCAGCAUUUCAGUAGAUUUGGAUUGGAUGAAGAAGAGGAAGAAGAUAUAGUUAUGGAUGAUGCUAAUAUUGAAUCAACCGUGGAGGUAAAAGAAUCUCAUGUGCAUCCUGCUGGACCUGUGUUGUCUCAUUCGCUUCCGGCUCAUCUGGGUCUUGAUCCUGUAAGAAUGCAAGAAAUGAGGGCCUUGAUGUUUGCUGCAGAAGAGGAGUGCGAAGAACAUAAUGGAUCCUUCCAGAAGAUUAUUGGAUAUAACAGGGAACCCAUAAAGGAGGAUUCUCCAGGCACCAGUUCCAAAAAACUUGGCCAUAAAAGUUCAUUACAAGUUUCCUCUAGGAAGCCCUUGAACAAAACCAGUCAUUCACCCAUUCGAAAGUCACCGCAAGCUUUACUCGAGUAUAAUAUAAGUAACAGUGACUUGAGCUCCUCAAGAGACAUUCUCCUGACUGGCCAAAAAAAGGGGCUAACUAGGGUGAAAAAGGUGGAAGGCUUUAAAAUGGAGGAGAAUCAUGCAACUCCUUUAACUGGGGGAUACUCAAAAAAUAUUGUUGAUUCUGCUUUAUUCAUGGGAAGAUCAUUUCGUGUCGGAUGGGGACCAAAUGGCCUCCUUGUUCAUAGUGGUACUCCGGUAGGCAGUUCCAGCAGCGGGCUAUCUUCUCAAAUCUACAUACAGAAAGUUGCCAUAGACAAAUCUGUGAGAGAUGAAAAAAAUAAAAUCGUCGAGGAUCUUGUCGAUUUGCGCUUUUGUUCCCCUCUGAACUUGCACAAGUUGUUAGAACAUGAAACUACUGAAAUUGAGCUUGGUUCUUGCAAAAUAAAGCUUCAGAAAGUUGUAUGCAGUCGCUUGACUCUUUCAGAAAUCUGCCGGGCUUAUAUUGACAUAAUUGAGAAACAGCUUGAGGUCGCUGGGUUAUCCGCAUCUUCUCGUGUGUUUUUGAUGCAUCAGGUAACUAUUUGGGAACUGAUAAAAGUUUUAUUCUCAGAGAGAGAAACAAGUGGACGGUUGAACUAUAAUGAUGAUGAUGAUGAUGAUGAUGAUGAUGAUGGUGAGGAAAUGAUGCUUGAUAAGAAGGAUGACUCCCUUGACAUGGACAUUGAGGCAAAACCAUUCAUUCGGAGAGCAGCUUUUAGUUGUUGGCUGCAAGAUAGUGUUUGCCACCGGGUACAGGAAGAUGUGAGCUGCUUAAAUGAUCCAAGUGAUCUGGAGCAGAUACUCUUACUUUUAAGUGGACGGCAGCUGGAUGCAGCAGCUGAGAUUGCUGCUUCUAGAGGAGAUGUCCGAUUGGCUAUUUUACUGAGUCAGGCUGGUGGGUCAAUGGUUAAUCGCUCUGACAUGGCUCAGCAGUUAGAUCUCUGGAGAAUGAAUGGGAUGGACUUCAAGUUUAUUGAGAAUGACAGGUUGAAGUUGUAUGAGUUACUUGCAGGUAAUAUACAAGGUGCAUUUCAGGUUUCAUCAGUUGACUGGAAAAGAUACCUAGGGCUGGUAAUGUGGUAUCAACUUCCUCCUGAUACUCCACUUCCUGUGAUAUUUCAUACUUAUCAGCAGCUUCAAAGUGAAGGAAGAGCUCCACAUCCGGUCCCAGUUUACAUUGAUGAAGGACCCCUUGAAGAAGCCAUUGAAUUGAACAUUGAUGAUAACUGUGACCUAGCGUAUUAUCUCAUGCUGCUUCAUGCCAAUGAGGAUGAUGACUUCAGCCUUCUAAAAACCAUGUUCAGUGCCUUCUCUUCGACUCAUGAUCCACUUGACUUCCACAUGAUUUGGCAUCAGCGUGCCAUAUUGGAAGCUAUUGGUGCAUUUAAUUCCAAAGAGCUAAACGUACUUGACAUGAGCUAUGUUGACCAGUUGCUAUGUCUUGAGCAGUGCCAUUGGGCUAUUUAUGUCGUUCUUCACAUGCCUUACCAUGCUGAUGUCCCAUACAUCCAGACUAAGCUUAUUAAGGAAAUUCUAUUACAGAAUUGUGAAACUUGGAGCACUCAGGAGACUCAGUAUCAGUUCCUUGAGGAUCUUGGUAUACCAUCAGAAUGGAUGCAUGAAGCUCUGGCGAUAUACUUCGAGUAUCAUGGAGACUUGCAGGAAGCCCUUGAACAUUUCCUUAAAUGCUCGAAUUGGCAAAAAGCUCAUUCAAUUUUCAUGACAUCAGUGGCUCAUUACUUAUUUCUAUCAUCUCAAGAUGAAGAGAUUUGGAGAAUAACAAGCUCCAUGGAAGAGCACAAGUCAAAAAUUGCUGACUGGGACCUGGGUGCUGGAAUUUAUAUUGAUUUCUAUGUUCUAAGAAGUUCAUUGCAAGAGGAGGACAGCAUGAGUGAAUCAGACACUCUUGGAAAUAAAAAUGAAGCAUGCAGAAGUUUCUUCAAUCGCCUAAGUGAUUCUCUAUCGGUCUGGGGAAGCAGAUUACCUGUUGAUGCAAGGUUAACCUAUUCGAAGAUGUCAGAGGAGCUUUGCAAUCUAUUGGUAUCCACUCCUGGUACGAGCUCGACACCGAUGGUUCGGAUGAGCUGCUUUGAUACGAUGCUCAGUGCUCCUAUUCCAGAAGAUCUGCGGUCUAAUCACCUGCAGAAUGCACUAGCGGUAUUCACCUAUCAGCUCUUGGAGGCCUCCACAUGAAAUCCAUCUUCCCGCUCGUCACCAAUGAUCAUCCAAACCUAAUGUUUUGGUUACCAUGUUCCUUUGACGUAAGGAAAAUAGGCAAAGCUGCAACUAUUGUGAAUGGGGUUUGUUGUGCUUAUUGAUGAGCUUUACUGAAUCUGCCACCAAGUACUCCUCCCAGAAACCAAACCAAGAAAUCAAAGCUAAUAAUCUCAAUCUCAUGAUCAUUAUUGUAGCUCGCGAUGAGAACAUAUGUGAUUAUGGUUGGAACGAGUUACUUUUUUUGGUUUCUUUAUUACCAUUCUCUGUGAUAGUAUGGUUAACAUGUUUGAUUGAUCUGGUCA